UUUAAUUUAGUCUCCUAUCUUAAUAGGGUGUGAAGGAAGUACAAAUGUCACCCAUUUUUACAGCAGGUAUAAAAAACUGCUGAAAUGCAGAUGCAUAAAAAUAACCUGAAAAAAUCACAGAGGCAGAGACUCCACCUCCACAUCAAUACUAUAAGAUUGGUCAGAUAUUGUAAGCUGCCAAACAGAGCUUGCUGUCAACAGUCACGAUGGCAAGGCUGUGGCAUCUCAUGCUCCUGUGCUGGGCAUGGAGUCCUCUGUGUCUGCCAUCCAGUGUAAGCUUUAUUGGUACACCACAGCAGUGUGAAAAGGCUCACUUUGUCCCUGGUUACAAUCUGGGUGGAGAAGGCUUUGACAUCGUCACGAUGGAGCGGAAAGGUGCCUAUGUCAUCGACACUGAAACAUGGAAGCUUGGCAAUGGCACUUGCAGGCUAUACAGAAACAGCUACAUGAAUGGAGAGAGCCAGAAGGUCCCAGUUGCUGUGGUGGACUGGAGAAGCCUCCCCCAGUGCAGUUUAAAGGUCUCCAGUAUGGUCUAUAAUUCUGUCGAAACUCUUGUCAAUGAUUCCACGUCAUCUGUGUCCAAUGACUGGAAAAUUGGCCUUGAAAUACCUGUAGACCCUUCUGUCACUGUUGGGGUUGGCUUUGGAGGUUCACACUCCAAAGAAUCUACCUUUGCCAUGCAAAAGUCCAAACAAGACCACUACACCUUCCUUAGCCAUUCUGUCUUCUGUAGCUUCUACCGCUACAGACUGGCAACAAAACCUCCCUUGAGUCAUGAAUUUGAAUCAGCCGUGAACGCCCUUCCUUCAUAUUCACGUAAAACAGAGAUAUUAUAUCGCAAUCUGAUCGACACAUAUGGUACACAUUACAUCAUACAAGUGUCUCUGGGAGGGGAGCUAAAGGCCAUCACUUCUGUCAGGACCUGUGAGGCAACCAUGAAUGGACUGUCAGCCACAGACGUCAGUGACUGUUUGUCAGUUGAGGCCUCGGCUAGCUUUGCAAGUAGUGCCAGCAUUAAGGCCAUGUACGAACACUGUCAGGCAAAGAAGAAGAAGUUAGACUCUAAACAAAGUUUCAGUAGCACAUUUAAUGAGCGCAUCACAGAGAUCAUUGGCGGAAACAUUGACGGAGCUGAUGUCCUCUUUGAAGGCCAGUCAAACCCCUCUGUCUAUAACAACUGGCUUAACUCACUGAAAAACACCCCUGAUGUGGUCCGAUACAACAUCAAGCCCCUGCACACCAUACUGCCCAUUGGACAUCCUGCCAGCGCCGGACUGAAGCAAGAGGUGGAGAUGUACAUCAAGAAAAAUGCAGUGUUGAAGAAAUGCUCAGAAACCUGUAAGAUUGGGGACAGAUCCAGCAAAAGGGAUCCUUGUGCUUGUGUUUGCAACAGCAAUCAGAAUAUCAAGUCAAACUGCUGUCCUGCUGGGAAAGGUCUUGCAACAUUAAAGGUCUUCAAGCUCUAUGCAGAGGGUCUGUAUGGUGAUAAGUGGACUCAGACAGAUGGUUCAGUGGAGGUUAGAUACGGUCAUCAGAAUAAGCGCACUGUCAUCAUAGGUGACAAUGACAAUCCUAAAUGGCCAGAGACAUUUGAAUUUGGACCCAUAACCAUCAACAUGAAAGACAAACUAACAUUCAGUAUUUAUGAUGAGGAUUCUUACUGGAACAGUGAUCAGCUUGGCGAGUGUUCAUUUGAUCUGCAUAGAGGGCAGGUGAGCGACUCCUGCAUGUUAAAUCAUGGUACCUUCUUCUUCUCCUACAUAGUAGAGUGCGCAGAAAGUCUUAGUGGUGACCAAUGUCAAGAAUACACACCGUCCCCCAUGAGUCCCUCUCUGGCCAAGGUCUUCCACACCAGAAAUGGGGUCCUUCUUGGAGAGAUGGGGAAGAAGCUACCUCAGCCAGUCAGUCAGUCAGGAUGAGGUCAGCUGUUGAUGUGAGAUGGGGUGAUGAGAGCAUAGAUUUGAUUUUAUGAUGGUCUUGUAGUUAAUUGCAUAUUUUACACUGAUACUCUCCCUAUCUUCCUUUGUUUGACUUUUGUUUGCAAAAAUAGUUAUAUCUGUUCUCAAUUUCUCAAAUGUAAUCCAAAUAUGUGUUUGUGAGAAAUGAUGUUUGAUAAUCCACCUUUUCAUCUGCUUCUUUUGUGUUAGUUACAAUAUCUGCCAAUAAAGCAUCAACAAAGACAA